AUGGAUUAUGCUAGACCCAUUCGAGCCCUGAACAACACCGACGAACGAAAGUAUUGGAUACUUCUCAUCACGUGCCUCACAACGAGAUACACCUGUGUGGAAUUGGCAGUCUCACUGGACACCGACACGUUGCUUACACUUCUUCGCCGAUUCUGCAGUCAAUACGGAGUGCCCAAGGAGAUUCGAACGGAUAACGGAGCUCAGUUCACCAUGCUCUCCGCAGUCACCAAAGAAGCCCAAAAACAACUGCAUCUGCUGUCAAUUUCUCAAGAUCUACCUGUUUCCGCUUCAUUCCUGCACUGUCACCAUAAAGCGGAGGGAUGUACGAGAGAAUCGUCGCACUCAUCAAUAAUGUUUUGAUUCGUUCGGGAGCUACUCGAACAUUGAUGCAAGAGGAAGACUUACGCACGCUCCUCAAAGAAGCUGAGUCAAUCAUCAACGACCGACCACUCACAAGCGUCAGCAACGAAGACAUAGGCCCAUUACGUCCAGUGGACUUCGUUUUUCCAAGUCGCAGAUCACAAGGACUCCUCACAGUCGACGAAGCUCUAGAUCCAAGUCCGUUCAACAAUUCUCACGGCAUCCUCAUCGAUAAUUGGAUGAAGACUAGUUCGCUAACGGACUAUUCUAAUCAUCGCUGGAGAGAGGAGUACGUGCAACUACUUCAAGAACGGAAUCAAGUGCAUCAUAAGCCAGACAGACUGGCCAGUCGCGCUCCACUGAAAGUCGGAGAAAUAGUAUUGUUCGAGAGUGAUAAGCACAAGUUCAACUGGCCGAUGGCUCGAGUCGAUGUGGAUCCCGAUCAGCCAAACAGUUUUGCCCCGCGACAAAAGAGACCAUCGAGCGACCAUACAAGAAGAUCUAUCAAUUGAAACUCAGCGUGCCCGACAAGCAAGACACUCCAACUACAGAACACCACGAAUCGGGAACUUCAAGUCAACCAGAUAAGCCGCAAUCCACGUCUCAACGAAAGGUCAGCACCAAUGCCUCACGGAGAAGAGGAUCAACUACUACAACGAUGACUAUUCUGACAUUGGCGAUGUGUUUCCACGCAACGGAAGCUUCUACCAACUCUUCAUGGAUGAACACCGAUGUAGCAAACAUCACAAACACCAUCUCAUGGAUAAUCCAAUUGAUAGCUGCCACCAGUGGAAUCCUCCUCAUCAGCACCAUCAUUCAUGUCAUCACCUCCAUCGUCAAGUGCAGUCGCAGACUCAUGUGGCUAGCCAACGCGGUCUUCAACUUCAUCAUCAGUACCUUCCACGCAAUCGCCAAGCUGACCAUCACGGUCAAAGCAAAUAGAUCUAAGUCAUGCUUGGAAAUACAACACAAGAAUAACGAACCACUCAUCACUCUUCGAAUCACCGCCGUCGCCCUGCGAAGCUAUUGUCAGAAAAGGACCGUCUUCUGGAGUCGCGAUUUUUCUCUCACUCAUGAGUUCGUCAUUUCAAAAUGCUUGCAAAUUAAUCCUAAAAAUGAUAGUUUUCAGUUGUACCUGGAGUCACUUGGGUAAUGGACCUGAUACCCGGAAUCCACCCGGAAUCCACCACUAUUUGUGAUUUUAUCUAUCUCACCUACUCUUAUUCCACUCAAUACCGAACUUUUUGAAAAGUGAGCUAUGACUUCAAAUUUUAAUUACUUCAAUUUACUUCUGUGAAAGAGGAAUUAGCAACAUUUUUGUGAUAAGAUAAAAUGAUAGUCAAAAAUUAAUUUUGAAACCCGUUGAAUUUGCCAAAAUAAAGAACUCUUCCAGAUCUAAAUGCUCAUCGUCGGCCUCAAAAGUCUCGCGAGCGCGAGAAUGUUCUCAUGAAAGCAAUGUUUCACGAGAUGAAACAAGCGGAAUCGGCUACCUAAAUCCAGCUUGUUACAUCCGACAGCGCUCCUCCAGAUGUCUUCCAAAACAUCGCCGAUUCGCAAGGAGCUCGCUAAAAAGCUGGACGGAUGCUUGACGCUCAAGGCCUAG